UGAAUGUAUGGAUACAGAAGCAAUCUCGUGGAGGAAAUUCGGAUACAAUGCAAUACGUUUUCAUGUCCUUUUUCUCACGAAACGUGUAAAUGAAACAAAAACAGGGCAACCUUGGCCAUGAAGAUGGAAGAGGAGUAAAGAUGAAUGCUUUUAGUCAAGUGACUAGUAAUUAAGCAAGCAGGUGUCCUAGAUUGGAACAAUGUUUCUCAAUUGUUUGGGCUUCAACCGUUCCAAUCACACAACUGACACAAGUUCAUCACACAGACAGUACCCAACGGUAAUACAAGAGUUAUGCCAUCAAUUUUCUCUCGCUGAUCUUAGGAAGUUCACCAACAAUUUUGAUUGCAGACAAAAAAUUGGUAGUAGAGUAUACAAAGGUUCUCUUGAACAUAACGGUGUUACCGAUUGUCCCAUUGCAUUAAAGCGGAUUGGAAAAUCCCACCAAGAAAUGUUCGAGUUUAAGAAUGAAAUAGAGUUGCUCUGCCAGCUUCAUCACCCUAAUUUUGUCUCUCUUAUAGGAUUCUGCGAUGAUGAAAAAGAGAAGUUUCUGGUGUACGAGUACAUGUCAAAUGGAUCUCUUCAUCGACACCUACAUUGUGGGAAACUGUCAUGGAAGACAAGGUUAAAGAUAUGCAUUGGAGCAGCGCGUGGACUACACUACCUUCACGCUGGAGCCAAACGCACCAUCAUUCACCGUGACAUUCGUACUAAAAACAUUCUUUUGGAUGACAACAUGCACCCAAAACUAGCAGAUUUUGGCUUGUGCCUAAAAGGAGCACGUUUUAUGUCUAAGCCAAAAUCAAUUCAAGUGGAUCGAAUUAUAGGUACUUGUGGCUACAUGGCUAUGGAGUAUGCCAUGCACGGUAUUGUCACAGACAAAUGUGAUGUUUUCUCAUUUGGAGUGGUUUUACUAGAAGUUGUUUGCGGAGGAAAAUAUGUAAAUACGGAAGCAGAAACAGAAUUUUUGGGGCAGCCUCUUGAAGAGAAAAUUGAUCCAAAUAUCAAAGGAAAUAUUGCACCCGAGUGUUGGCAAGUCUUCUUAGAUAUCACUCAAAGAUGUAUGAAUCCUGUCCCAGAUGAGCGACCAGCAAUGGGUGAAGUAGAGGUGGAACUUGAGCAUGCCUUGUCGCUGCAGGAACAAGCAGAUAUCACAAACACCAAUAAUGAAUAUAACUUGUUGUCCAAAACCACUUUUAACCAAAAUAUGAUGCAGGAACUUGAACGUGCUCUGUCAAUGCAUCCAGAAGAUAUUAGGGAUUGGUUUCCCUUCUUAUAUGGAGAAAAAGCUCAAAAUUGAUAAGCUCAAAGUUUAUCUUACUUAAAAAUCAAGUGGAGAGGGGUCUGUUAGGAGAUAAAGAGAGAGUAAAUUACACAACUUUCACGAGGAGAAAGAAGAGAGAAAGAGAGUAGACAAUUUGGUGUGCAUACACAUAGCAGUUUUAGUAAAAUUGUGAUCUCUACUUCGUUUACCGUUGGAUCGGGCUGGAAAUUUGACAGUAGGUUCUUAACACGGUGAUCUUCGUCUUGACCGUUGGGAUCGUGGAUUGAAGAUUUGUGAUUGGAGAAAUCAAUUUCGUAUAGUUGCUCUAAUUUAAGGUUUUUUCUUUUUUAUUCUUCGGUUGGAAGGUCUUGUUACUUUAAUAUAUUGUCUAGUUAUAAACAUUUAUUUAUGCAUUUGAUUAGACUCUCUUGUACCCUAAUUUGAUCAUAGUGGAACUUGAUUGACUAGCUUGUGUCCGUGGGUUUUUACUUCUCACAUUGAGAGAGUUUUCUCACGUUAAAAAUAUUUGUGUCUCUUUGUAAUUAUUUUUUGUCAUUUAUUU